UCUAGCAACUAUGGUGUAACUACACAUCACAUAUCACAGUAGCUAACUAAGCUAAAGCUAGGCUAACUAGCUGCUCCAGAUUGACAUGUAGUCAACUUUACACUCAGUCUCAAUGAAGGAGCUUUUUCAGUGAUUGGGACAUGGAGUUAAGAAAUAUCAAGGACCAGUCUCCAUUGGUCCAGGCUAUAUUCAGUCGAAACGCAGAAGAAGUGACAUUUUUGUUGAACCAUAAUGAAGAUGUCAAUUCAUUGGACCAAGAACAAAGCACACCACUUCAUGCUGCUGCUUAUUUGGGUGAUGUCCACACUAUGGACCUACUUAUUACUUCAGGUGCAAAUGUCAACGCUAAGGACCAGGGUUUGCUGACUCCUUUACAUCGAGCAGCUGCCUCACGAAAUGAAAGAGCUGUGGAGCUGCUACUAAAGCACAGAGCAGAGGUCAACACUCGGGACAAGUUCUGGCAUACACCUUUACACAUGGCAGCUGCAAAGUGGGCAACAGGCUGCGCUUUAGCUCUGAUACCACAUGUGUGCAGCAUGGAUGAUGCUGACAGGUCAGGAAGGACACCACUGCAUCAUGCAGCGCACAGCGGCCACGGAGAGAUGGUGAACUUGCUCCUGAGCAAAGGUGCCAACGUGAGUGCCAAAGAUAAGAAGGAAAGGCAGGCAAUCCACUUGGCUGCAUACCUUGGACAUGUGGAGGUUGUGAAGCUGCUGGUGUCUCACAGUGCUGAUGUGACGUGCAAGGACAAACGUGGUUACACUCCGCUCCAUGCUGCAGCUGCCAGUGGACAGUUAGACGUGGUCAAAUAUCUGUUGAGACUGGUGGUGGAGAUUGAUGAACCCAAUGUUUCUGGGAACACAGCGCUCCACAUGGCCUGUCACACGGGGCAGGACUCUGUGGCCACUGAGCUGGUGAACUGCGGUGCUAAUAUCAAUCAGCCCAACCACCACGGCAGCACGCCACUGCACCUGGCUGCAGCCUCCUCCAGCGGGGUGUUGUGUCUCGAGCUGCUCAUCAACAAUGGUGCUGACGUCAACACGCAGAAUAAAGAAGGGAAGAGCCCUUUGCAUAUGGCUGCUAUGCACGGGCGCUUCACAGGCUCCCAGAUUCUGAUCCAAAAUGGUGGGGAGAUUGAUUGUGUUGAUAUGUACGGAAACACUCCUCUUCAUGUUGCUGCCAGAUAUGGUCAGGAGUUGCUGAUCAGCACUCUGCUGACAAAUGGUGCUGAAAAGGCCAGACAGGGGAUUCAUGGGAUGCUUCCACUACAUUUGGCAUCGCUCUACGGAUUUCCAGACUGUUGUCGAAAGUUACUGUCCAAUGGCCAGUUUUACAUCAUGCCGUCUCAAACGCCGUCAGUUGGGUUCGAUAUAAACAUCAUUGACGACCACGGGAGGACCUGCCUGCAUGCAGCUGCCUCUGGAGGAAAUGUUGACUGCCUGAACUUGCUGUUGAAUAGUGCUGCUGAACUGGAUAUAAAAGAUAAUUUGGGCAGAUCUCCUUUGCACUAUGCUGCAGCUAACGGGAGCAGCCAAUGCACAAUCUCCCUGGUGAGAGCCGGCGCAGAGGUCAAUGAGCUGGAUCUGACGGGCUGCAGCCCUCUGCACUACGCUGCUGCGUCACACACCUUUUGUGGAGGGGAAACAAACUCUAAGCCUGACCACAGUGAGGAAAAGGAACACGAAGCCUCUCUGUGUUUAGACUACUUGCUUGACAAUGGGGCGAACCCAAUUCUGAAGAACAGUAAGGGUUACAGUGCCGUCCACUAUGCAGCAGCUUAUGGGAACAAACAGCACCUGGAACUGCUCCUGGAGAUUUCUUUCAACUGUCUAGAAGAGGUUGAAAGUAAUAUUCCAGUCAGUCCUUUGCACUUAGCUGCAUAUUAUGGUCACUGUGAGGCACUGCGUUUGCUGUGUGAGACAUUAGUGAGUCUGGACGUGCGGGACAUUGAAGGCAGAACUGCCCUCCACCUGGCUGCUCAGAGAGGCUUUGCCCCGUGUGUGGAAGUGCUGCUGAAACAUCAAGCCUCCUACACACUGAAGGAGCACAAGCACAAAUGGACAGCUCUCCAUGUUGCAGCUGCUGAAGGCCAAAUGGACUGUCUGCUUUUAUUGGUCAACAUGGAACAAAGUGCCGACAUCAUCGACAGCCCAGAUACACGGGGACAGACGGCUCUCAUGCUGGCAGCUCUGGGACGUCACACCGACUGUGUCCACAUCCUGUUGGAGAAAGGAGCGAAGGCUGAUGCUGCAGACAAAAAGGGCUUCACUGCUUUACACAGAGCUGCCAUGUUGUGCAGUGAGGACUGUGUAUCUGCUCUGUUGGAACAUGGGGCCUCUGCUCUGUGUAGAGACUCUCAGGGAAGGACCCCACUGCACCUUGUAGCGUCCCUUGGGCACACGGAGCUACUCCAAAGUUUGCUAAAGGCUGCUAUGAAAGCUGACCCUCUGGACUCCAUAUUGGACUACAAAGGCUACACACCCACCCACUGGGCUGCCCACCACGGGCGUGAAGGAUGUUUACGCAUUUUACUUGAAAACAAACUUUUUAGCAACCAGGAAGGAAAUCUCUUCACCCCAUUGCAUUGUGCCCUAGUUAAUGGACAUGAUGUUGCUGCUGCACUUCUAGUGAAGACUGUUGGCCCUCAAAUUGUUAACGUUAGUGAUGCCAAAGGAAGGACCACGCUGCAUGCAGCUGCUUAUUCAGGAAAUGUUGCUGGGCUCCAGCUGGUCCUGGCCCAGGGAGCGGAUGUCAAUGCUGUGGACCAUUGUGGAUGCUCCGCUCUAAUGGUUGCUGCAGACUGUGGACAGACUAUGGCUGUUGAGUUCUUGCUGCACAAAGCGAAGCCAGACCUGACCCUGGUGGAUGUCAACAAUAACACUGCCCUUCACUUAGCCUGCAGCAAGGGUCAUGAGAUGUGUGCCCUGUUGAUCCUGGGAGAGAUCAGCGACUCCUCCCUCAUAAAUGCAACAAACAGCGCUCUCCAGAUGCCCCUUCACAUUGCAGCGAGGAAAGGGCUGGCGACUGUAGUGCAGGUGUUACUGAGCAGAGGAGCAGCAGUCAUGGCUUUAGAUGAGGAAGGCCACACGCCGGCUCUGGCCUGUGCCCCAAACAAAAACGUGGCCGACUGUCUGGCCCUGAUCCUCUCCACCAUGAAGCCUUUCCCUCCCAGAGAGGCCGGCGCCGGAACAUCCUCCCACUUCAACCCCAUCCUGAAGAACUGUGGCAUUGCUGCCACUUGUGGGUCCAGUGGCAACCUGUGUCAUGCCUAAAUCAAGGGCUGCACGGGCACUGCUGGCCUGCAUGGGUGUUUCAUCCCAGUGUAGCCCAAAGUCUCCAGACAGGAACCUGUGUGGUCAUGCGUAGCUCCAUGACAUUUAUACAUGUGUGUCAUCUGCAGCUGCAUGUACUGUACGCUAUGUGUUCAUGCACCAGUAGCAUCGAUUGCUUCUCUAAAAUCUAGUCUUACACAUCACUAAUAUUAGCAGACCUCUUAGAUUUUCUUCUCUGACACAAGAGUUGAGUUUAGCACAUUAUAUUUGUUAUUUUAAUGAAGUACUAACCAUUAGAAAUGAAUGGAAGUUUUAACAUGAGCACACUACACAAGCCUCUCCUCUUGAACCCCCCUCCGCUGUGGCUUAAUUUCUUAGCUUGUUAACCACCAAAGCCUAAAGUCUCCUGUGUUCGUCCUCAUUUAAUACAAGUGCAAGAAUACUCAGUUGAGUGUGUGUGUGUGUGUGUGUAUGUGUGUGUGUGUGUGUGUGUCUGAAAGUGCUAUUUUGCAUAUUAGACAUUAAUUCUUAAUAUACUUGUUUAAAAUAUCUAACAGGUGCUUUAAACCAUUUAUGCAAUUAAGACUCUAUUUUCUUAUCCUAUCCGGAGUGUAGCAGACACUACAAUGAUACAAAUAACCUUAUUAUUCUAAUAUUAUCAUGAUUUAAAUAAGUUACAUUUCAGUUUAGUAAAGUCACAAGCAUGUGUAUAGUAGUAAAGAUAUAGUUUACAGAGUUUAGUGUAUAUAUAGUUCUUUAAAUGAAGUUAACCUUUUACUUGUAUUGUCUUAAGAAUCCCAAAUUUUUGAGAAUUAACCUCAGGUCAGUGUGUACUGUACUGUGGGUGCAAUAAAAAGCACAUUUUGAGCUGGAUUUUACAUAACAAGUAUGACAGAAGUAUCAUAUUUCAGUUAAAUAAGCCAGAGAAUCAAACAAACAACUGAAAAUGUCAGAGAAAUUAAUAAAAUAUGUGUUGAACAGUUUUAAUAAUCCUUUCAGGCUUUGAGCAUGAAAGUCUUGUCUUUAGUAAAUGUGACAUUUCACCACGUCUGCAAUUAAAGAUUAAUAUAAAAGUUAAUUAAUCUUUUUUUUGUUCAAGUGCACAUUGCAAGUUCUAAGAGCCCAAGGUGACAUCUUCAAAUUGCUCGUUUUUUUCUGAUCAGCAGUCUGAAACCCAAAGGUAUUUAAUUUCCACUGAUGUAAGACCAAGAAAAGCAGCAAAUCCCUUUCCUGUCACUAUAAUGUUGUGAUAUGAAACGUAAGAAUCUGCUCACAUCUAAUGCCACUAAUAAUCUCUGUGAAACACUAGAAAAUGAAUGAAUUGUUUUUAGAAAUGUGACGUUCUCUGUUUCCAUUGUCCAGUAUUUAUUGACAUUCAAUAAAUCUGUGUCUAGUAAAUAUUUCACAUAUUUUACAGUUAAAACAAGAAAAAUUGGCAGCGCCCACAGAAUUAAGUUUUUUUUUUUUUUUAAUCAUUGUUUUUCAUCUGUGAAAGAAAUUAGCAUAAUAUACCUGCACUGGUACAAAGAUAUCACUGCCUCUGUCUCUUUAAAGAUCAAGUUUUUAUAAUAAUAAUGUGGAAGAUGUAAACACACACAGACUUUGAUAUUUUCCCCUUUUCCUGAUGGAUUUUCUUUUCCCCUAUCAAUACUUUCUGUAUUAUCUUAAAAUGGCUUUAAACUAUUUGCACUCUGACAUGAAAGUUUACAUUUUACAGUAGGGUGUCCUUCUUAGGUUUAUGCAAAAAAAAAAACAAAGUGAAUUUUACAAAUGUAACUUUCAAAUAACUGUAGAAGCCAAUUCAGUAUAAACAUGUGCUUGUUUCAUUUAGAUGAAAUCAGUGGGGGGGGAGUGAUUUGACGUUUCUGAGCACAAGUUGCAGUGAAGUGUUUUAAAUAAUGUUUGUCUUUAGGAAUUGCUCUGUUGCAGCUUUUCAUGUGAACAAACUGUCUUCUGUACAUCUUACUGAGAGUUCAGGGUGUAACUCCCAACUUGAAUACUCUGUGUGAUUGUAGUUAUGGAUGGCAUUCAUAUGAGAGAAAACAAAUAAAUCCUUACCAUCA